UGUACGCCAUUUUAAUCUUUCGUGUGCGGAGCGGACGAGAAUUAAAAUCACGCUUUUAUAGUGAAAAAUAACUUUUAUUAUUAAAAUUUUCGCUUAAUAAACUUAACUAAGAGCCAAUUAAAUGGUUUUGUAUCGAUGUUUGAUGGUUUCCUUAAUGACAAUUAAUAAUAAUCGUUUAAAGAAAAAUGCAUCGGUCAUAUUGACGACGAAAAACAGGAAAUUAACAAUUCAACGAAUUAAUUUGUGAACGGAUCACUUUUUAAAGGUAAUUAUUCGGUGGUUUCAAAAAACUCGUCAUACCUAUUCUGUUAAUAAAACAAUUCCGUGGUACUAUUAUCCCGCAUAUGGCAUGGAUGUAGGGCUCCGAGUUGUGCGGGGCCCUGACUGGAAGUGGCAGAAUCAAGAUGACGGGGAAGGUCACGUUGGAACCGUGGUUGAGAUUGGAAAACCCGGAAGCACGACUUCUCCCGACAAGACCGUUGUAGUCCAGUGGGAUUCCGGUUCUCGUACAAAUUACAGAAUCGGUUACCAAGGUGCUUAUGAUCUGAGAGUGUUCGACAAUGCUCCGAUAGGUAUAAAGCAUCCAAAUAUUAUUUGCGACGCGUGCCGAAAACAUGGUAUUGCCGGCAUGCGCUGGAAAUGCAAUAGGUGCUACGAUUUUGACUUGUGCACGCAAUGCUACAUGUCCGAAAAACACGAUCUGACUCAUCCUUUUUUGAGAUUGGAAACCACUGCAUCCGCAGGUGUCGAAAUGCCAAAACGUCAAGGAACGCUCAAAAUUCAGGCACGGGGCAUUUUUGUUGGCGCUAAAGUUAUGCGAGGACCUGAUUGGGACUGGGGAAAUCAAGAUGGUGGAGAAGGAAAAACAGGAAAAGUCAUAGAUAUUAGAGGUUGGGAUAACGAAUCUGGAAGGAGUGUCGCAAACGUAACUUGGACUUCGGGAUCCACUAACGUGUACAGGUUAGGCCACAAAGGUAAAGUGGAUCUAAAAUAUAUUCAAGAUUCUCCCGGAGGAUAUUAUUUUAGGGAUCAUUUACCUAUUUUAGGUCAAACAGUCGAAGCUUAUUCGGUAAAUCCUUCGGCCAUGAAACAUCAGUUUAAUGUCGGAGAUAAAGUCAAAGUGUUGCUUGAUGUCGAAAAGCUUAAAGUUAUGCAAGAAGGUCAUGGAGGAUGGAAUCCUAGAAUGGCCGAAGUAAGUACUUGCUAUUAUUUUGUCUUAUAUUUGUAUUUGAAUAAACUUUCAUUAAUGAGAGUAGUUAGAAAUAAUUUACAGGAUUCUUACGGCGAUUCGGCACUUCACGAUGCUAUAGGAAAAGAGAAUGUGGAAAUAAUAGAUUUACUAAUAAAUGUACCAGAGAUUGAUUUCUCUUUAAAAAACAAGCGAGGCUUUAAUGUUCUUCACCAUGCAGCUUUAAAGGGAAACAAUUUCGCUACAGAAAGGUUACUAGCAAAGACGAGGCAAAUUGUAGAUGUAAAGAAAGAUGAUGGUUUUGCUGCACUUCAUUUAGCAGCUCUCAAUGGUCACUAUCAAGUAGCCGAGACAUUAUUAACCCAGGGACAAAGCGAAGUAGAUAUUAGGAAUAACAGAAAACAGACACCAUUAUUACUAGCAGUAAGUCAAGGGCAUUGUUCUCUUAUUGAAUUGCUAGUACGAUUCGGAGCAAAUAUUAAUGCAGAAGAUGAAGACGGAGAUACAGGAAUGCAUUUAGCAUUAAUGAAACAGAAGUCAGAAGUAGAUAUUAAAGAAGCACAAACGAUUAGUGGGAUUGUCGAACAUUUAAAUGGCCAGGGACUAGAAAAAUGUAACGGAUUUGCUAUUGCAUGUUUUAUUGCUCAAGAAGGUGGCAAACAUGUCCACAAAAAUCACAAAGGAAAAACGCCUCUAGAGCUUCUUUCCGAUAAUCACAAAUUAAAAGAAUUACUAUUAUAUUACUCAUCUUUAAAUAGUGCUCAAGCCCAUUCCAUCGCUCGGGAAAAUGGCGAUCCUGGAUCUUCCGCAGCAGAAUCUAAUCAGACAGAAAGUGACUGUUUAAUAUGUUGUGAAAUGAUAGCAAGCAUUACAUUUGAUCCGUGCGGUCAUACCGUCACUUGUGAAGAUUGUUGUGUUCGAAUGAAAAAGUGUAUCGCUUGUCAGGAGUCGAUACACAAGAAAAUAGGCCCAGGUGGUAGAGUGAUAUCUUCGAAAGUAAGACAGGCAAGUGCAGAGAGAUUACGCUAUCUAGAAAAUAAAAUACAAGAAAUCGAAGAAGCUCACUCGUGUUCGAUCUGCAUGGAAAGAAGGCGAAACAUCGCCUUCCUCUGCGGCCACGGAGCAUGCAUCAGUUGUGCUCAAACGCUUAAGAUUUGCCACAUGUGCCGUAAACCGAUAACCAAAAAAAUCAAUUUAUAUUGAUGGUUUUACAUCAUAAUUUUAUCUAAUUCUGUUGUGCCAUCAAUCGCUCUUAAAGACUAAAUGGAAAGACUCCUACCGAGGAACAAUUACUGUGAUAUGCAGUCCCUGCAUAUAUUUAUCACUUCCUUGUCUUUGUCACAACUAGGAAAAAAAAAAUAUUAUAUAUGGAAAUUUCGUAAAGAAUUUUUCCAUCACGAGAAUGAACCAGAAAACGCUUUGCGUCUACCAUGCAGUCUUCAGUUUAUAAGAAACAAACUUUUCUUUUAUAAAAAUUUGUACAUUUCUGGAUAAAUGUUUUAAUUUAUCUUUACACUUCCACGUUGAGCAAUAAAUUUUUUGAAAGCGAAACGAGACGAAAACCAGAGAAAACGUAGAUUCCUUUAAAGAUGUUUUACAGUAAUCAAUGUAACCGAUCCCCUUUUUACUAGUAACUGUAGAUCAAAAAUGUUUAAUAUGUUUAUGUAAUAUUGUUGGUAUAUUUUGUAAAUAUUGACAGAAUCGUAUCGUAAUGACUAGUGUUCUCGUUUCUCCGUAUUUGUGACAUUUAGUCAUAUUUCAAUUUAUAUAUUUUUCCUAUAUUGUAUAUUUCCUAAGAUAGUCUACAUUUUUGAACAUUUGUGGGAAGAGUAUAGAUAUUUUUUGUGACGCUAAAAACGAAGACAACCGAAAUUCAGAUGAUGAAUUAUCGAUUUAUUUAUAAUUGCCUCUCGAAAGAGUCGAUCCCUUUUGCCACGAGAAUAAUUUAUAUGUUUCGAUGCAACUUUUGUUAAUUAGUAUUUAACGCCGAGCGUUUCAAAUUGCUGCAAAUCAAUAGAGAUCCAUGCACGAGCAAGAAAUAUAUGCAUAUCAAGUUAAUUAGGAACAUUAUUAAAAGUUGUAUAUAAUUUAUAUUAUUUUUAUUUUGCAGAAGAGUAAUUUAUACCACAUCUGUUACCAAUUUUAAGCAAUAUUUUGUUUAUUUCAACUGGAAGAAAAGAAAUUCUU